UGAAUCAAAUCCUUUAUUAAAGCCCCUAAGCAGAACGGUUUCCCUUCUCAAGGAUCAAUAGGACGAGAACACUGAUGUUAUGUUUUGGGUUCAAAACAAGCUUCACCACAAAGCGAACAAUCUCUCUGUUGAGGAUCAAUGAUGCUUCCCGACGAUUGCGUCAGUGAAGGCCUCUCAAGCCCCAUAGCUGCUCAAAUUCUUGAUUUCUGCGAUGACGGCCUGGGUGAUGAUCUAUUCACUGCUGUGGCUACUACCUCUCAGCAAUUUGCAGCCUAUUCCGAGGAUGGUUCAUCAUCGUCCACAGCCACACCUCCUCUCUGCAGUAAAAGCGAUGACAUUGCAGCAGUUGCAGACACAGCUUUCUCCCCAUUACUCUCCUUUGACUCCACCCUCUCGGCCUUCCUUGAGCAAGAGCAAAACCCUGACCAGGACGCCAAGCUACUUUCCUCCAUUGAUGAAACCCUUACAGCACCAGCAUACUUUCCAGUUGCCACUGAGGCCAACAUAGAGCAAUUCAGCCAAAUAAUGGUUCCAGAUCACACAGCUGAACCAAUGCCCCCAAUGCAAAUUAGCAGGGCUACAGCUGCCCUGAUGCCCAUUGCUUCAGGGUACGAUGACAAGUGUCUCACAGCAGCACUAGCUGGAGAGUACAUGGGCCUGGAUGAAACCCUGUAUCAUCAGACAGGGGUAAUGAUUCCGAAUUGCAAUGUGGAGGCACCACAAGUAGGAUUUUUCAACCAUAACAGUACUAGUAACAAUGAUAUGGUGAUGAUGGAUAUGAAUAAUUUCGGUGAGUACCAGAGGAUGAUGGAAGGUGAAGGACUGACCAGAACAUAUAGUGACAAAGAUUCCAUGCAGGGGGCAUUUAAUAAUGCUGAAGAGAUGCAGAUGGGAGAAAAUAACCAGAACAUGAUAGCUGGAUGCAAUGAAAGCCCAUUAACAUUGCCUUCAACAGAAGGCUCAAGCUUGGAAGAUACCCCCUACAAAGGUGUGCGUCUAACAGCUGAGCAGAGAAAGGAAAAGAUCUCCAGGUACAUAAAGAAAAGGAACGAAAGAAACUUCAGCAAAAAAAUAAAGUACGCUUGUAGAAAAACCUUAGCAGAUAGCAGGCCUCGUGUCCGCGGAAGGUUUGCGAAGAAUGAUGAACUCUGUGAAGCUACAAGAUCAAGCUCCCAAAAUUUUGAACAAUAUGAACAUGCUGUGGGCAUGAAGGGAGAAGACAUGCUUGAUUCUUCCGAUAUUCUAGCACAUUUAAGUGGGAUGAACUCUUACGGCUAUAAGUACAACUACACUGUGGAAUCCUGGAUAUAAUUCUGAUAAAUCACACAAAUUGAAGUGUGUUUUCCUUCCAAUUGUGCAAACAUUAAACACAUUUUCCCCUUGUUCCCAGUAAAAUAAGAUUGAAGCUUUAGAAGCUCUAUUCAGCUGUUUGGGAGAAGUGCUUAGGUCAAGUUAUUGUAGAUCUUGUAUCGUAUCAAUAUGUGCUCGCUCGUCGCCAUUCUUGAGAGAGAGAGAGAGAGAGAGUUCUGCAUAAUAGUAUAACACUGAUUUGUAAAUAGAAUUGUUCCUUAUCUUAAUAGAGAUACUAGUUUCGAGAUUUUCUUGCAAUUUUUCCAUGUUAUAAAUACAGACUUGGUCUACUAUAAGUGUUCAAGCGAAA